ACCUCGGCGCCAUUUUGAGAAAUCAGCGAGAGUUGCGGGAUUAUUUCUAAAUUAGCUAGCUAAUUUUGUGUGCGCCGUUGACGAUUGAUUUAGAUAUAGAUAGCUUGAUAUUUAUACAGCCAUUUGUUAUAUACCGUUAAACGGCUUUUCUUCAGUUAGCUAGCUAGGUAAGUAGUAAUCCUCGGAUGUCGGGGGAUAAUAUGUCGGGAGGCGGGAGCGUGGUUCGUGGCCCAGCGGGAAACAACGACUGUCGGAUCUACGUGGGUAACCUGCCGCCUGAUAUUCGAACCAAAGACGUAGAGGAUGUGUUCUAUAAGUACGGAGCGAUCCGGGAUAUCGACUUGAAGAACCGGAGAGGAGGACCGCCGUUCGCUUUCGUGGAAUUCGAGGACCCCAGGGAUGCUGAUGAUGCAGUGCACGGUCGUGAUGGUUAUGACUACGAUGGUUACCGUCUCCGGGUGGAGUUCCCCCGUAGUGGUCGUGGCGGGGGGAGAGGGGGGAUGGGCGGUGGAAGGGGCGGGGGUGACGGAGGAGGACCCAGAGGAAGAUAUGGACCUCCAUCACGACGCUCUGAGUACCGGGUCAUCGUCUCCGGUCUCCCCUCUAGUGGUAGCUGGCAGGACCUAAAGGACCACAUGCGCGAGGCAGGUGAUGUAUGUUAUGCUGACGUGUUCCGGGACGGUACCGGCGUGGUGGAGUUCGUACGCAAGGAGGACAUGACCUACGCUGUCCGCAAGCUGGACAACACCAAGUUCCGGUCCCACGAGGGAGAGACUGCGUACGUGCGUGUGAAGGUGGAUGGACCUCGCAGCCCCAGUUACGGACGCUCCCGCUCUCGUAGCCGUAGCAACGGGCGUAGCAACAGCCGCUCACGCAGCUUCUCACCGCCGCGACGCAGCCGGGCCUCUCCACGCUACUCGCCACGACACUCGCGCUCCCGUUCCCGCACCUAGAUACACACACCUCCAGGACCCCCAGCCCAGCGGACCCCCAGCCCAGGGAGAGGGAUGUGAGAUCAUCAGACCAGGAGACUCAGACAGACGCCCUCCGGUGGAUCUUCUAAUGCGUUACAUCAUUCUAGCGUUCUGCUGUUCCUCUUGCCUCGCCUUCCUCUUCUUGUUCUUCUUCCCCUCCCCCUGUUCUUUCAUCCCCUUGUUUUUGGUCUAGUUUGCUACAGAUGUUAUUAUAAUUUUUUAAAUUCAUGAUCUCUGUUCUCUUUUGUAUCUGCUGCCCCCCCCCUCCAUCUGCCUCAUGUCUCCUUCCUCUUUACAGUCCUGCACUCCCAUCUCUUCACCUCUUUGUCUUCGUGUUAUGGCUGCUGGGGGAAGGUGUCAUGAGGGAUGGAGGGAUGGGGUGGAGACGGGAAAGAGGGAGGUUUUGUGUUGAUGGAGGGAUGGUUUGAUUGUGUUCUGAUAGGCUUUUGGGACACAGGAACAGAGCCUGAAUUGGCUAGGAAACAGUUUAUAUUAGCAUUAACAGGAGGAGGAGGAGUCAAAUAACCAGCCAAUGCUAUGACGACAGUAGUCUUUCACCCAAUUAGCUUUCUGACCUGUUUAUUUUUAUGAUCCAGUUAUCACUGUUAAUAAAUGUUUUAAAACGGC